AUGGCCAUCCCCAAGGCUUUGCUUCUUGCCAUCCUAGGCUGCAUCUGCUUAUGCAGCAGCACUGUUCUGUCAGCACGCGAGCUUGGCGACGCGUCCAUGGUGGAGAGGCACGAGCAGUGGAUGGUGAAGUACAACCGUGUUUACAAGGACGGCGCCGAGAAGGCACGGCGAUUCGAGGUGUUCAAAGCCAACGUUGCCUUCAUCGCGUCGUUCAACGCCGGAAACCAUAAGUUUUGGCUCGGCGUCAACCAGUUCACCGACCUCACCAACGACGAGUUCAGGGCGACCAAGACCAACAAGGGCUUGAAAAGGAGCGGCGGUAGGGCUCCAACUGGGUUCAGGUACAGCAAUGUCAGCGCCGAUGCACUUCCAACAGCUGUUGACUGGAGGACCAAGGGUGCUGUCACUCCUAUCAAAGACCAAGGCCAAUGUGGCUGUUGCUGGGCCUUUUCGGCUGUGGCGGCAACCGAAGGCAUUGUGAAGUUGAGCACAGGGAAGCUCAUCUCGUUGUCGGAGCAAGAGCUGGUUGACUGCGACGUCCAUGAUGUGGAUCAGGGUUGCGAAGGUGGCGAGAUGGACGACGCCUUCAAGUUCAUCAUCAAGAAUGGUGGCCUCACCACCGAGGCCAACUACCCAUACACGGCACAAGAUGGACAGUGCAAGACUAGCAUUGCAAGCGAUAGUGUUGCAACCAUCAAGAGCUACGAGGAUGUGCCGGCCAACGACGAAUCCUCUCUUAUGAAAGCCGUUGCUAACCAGCCUGUCUCCGUAGCUGUGGACGGAGGGGAUGUCAUAUUUCAACACUACUCGGGCGGGGUGAUGACCGGCUCUUGUGGAACUGAUUUGGACCAUGGGAUAGCGGCGAUUGGCUAUGGCAUGACGAGUGAUGGAACUAAGUAUUGGCUACUGAAGAACUCAUGGGGCACCACAUGGGGCGAGAAUGGUUACCUCAGAAUGGAGAAGGAUAUUUCUGACAAGAGUGGUAUGUGUGGCUUGGCCAUGCAGCCUUCCUACCCCACCGAGUAG